UUUAAAAACUGAGAUGGAAACAAGUUGCCGUGAACAACAUCUGGGUCGCUGUUUGCUGUUACCUGGAUAUAUUUUGUAGCAGCGUUCACCCAGAAAAUUGUCUCAGGCCGGUAAAAGCAAAUUUUAGGCGGUUGAAACACUCCUCGCCUCACGCCGAAAAAACAAAUUUGAACUCGCAACUAAAGUUUUCGUUUAAAAGGCUGCAAAAAUCUUGUCUCGAGCUCAAGAAACUAGUAGCUCUAAAACCCCGAGAUGACAUUUAUGGUUUUUAGUACAACGAAUUAGUAUUGGGAUUCAGUCUGUACAAUCCAGAAAUGGAAGACAAGCACAGGCUAUUGGUACUUUAUGCUUCUCAAACUGGGAAUGCUCAAGAUGUUGCAGAACGCAUUGGACGUGAAGCAGAACGGAGACAAUGUAACUUGGCGGUCUUAUCAAUGGAAGACUUUGAUGUGUGCUGUCUUCCCCAUGUAGAGCUUGUGGUUUUUGUAGUUUCAACUACAGGCCAAGGUGAUCCUCCAGACUCAAUGAAGGAAUUUUGGAAGUUUUUGUUGAUGAGAAGCCUUGGUCACCAAUGGUUAGAGAGAACACGUUAUGCUCUAUUUGGACUUGGUGAUUCUGGGUAUCAGAAGUUUAAUAUGGUUGCAAAGAAGCUGGACAAAAGACUUUCUGAUCUUGGAGCACAUCCUAUCAUUGGAAGAGGGCUUGGGGAUGACCAACAUCGUUCAGGAUAUGAAGCUGCACUGGAUCCAUGGUUAACUUCAUUGUGGGCAACAGUUGAAGAAAACUUUCCACAUGUAUUUGGAGAAGGGAUGGUGCUUUCAGAUAUUGAGACAAAUGCUUUGGAUCUUCCUAAAUUUCAAAUCACAUAUCAUGACAAUGUCAAUGAUGAGUUGCUCUAUAAAUCAUCUAUGAAUAAGGAAUCAGGUAUUCAGGAUAAUUUGAUGGAAUGUUUAAGGGCUCGUGCAAUGAUUGAAACGGCAAAUAAUGCUAACAAGUCCAUUAGCAAGUCUAACAGUGUUUCUCCACCUCAGUGCUUUGCACACAUGAUAGAAAACAAGCGUUUGACUGGGGAGGACUAUGAAAGAGAUGUGCGACACAUUGAGUUUGAGUUGGGAUGUUCUGACAGUCAGUAUGAAACCGGUGAUGUCCUUGAAGUGAUGCCAAGUCAAAAUGUAGCUGCAGUUGAUGCUUUCAUUGGACACUGUGGCUUGGAUCCAGAUGCCUAUAUCACGGUAGAACAGAGAAAAAGGCCAAACUCUUCUUCAGGUUCAGAUACAAUGACAAUUUCCUGUCAACCUGUUAAAUUAAGGACACUAGUUGAAUCUACAUUGGACAUAGCAUCUGCUUCACCGCGUCGCUAUUUCUUCGAGGUUAUGAGCCACUUUGCAACUGCUGAACAUGAGAAAGAGAGGCUUCAAUAUUUCGCAUCAACAGAAGGAAGAGAUGACCUUUAUCAGUAUAAUCAAAAGGAAAGGCGCACUGUUAUUGAGGUAUUAGAAGACUUCCCAUCUGUACGUCUGCCUCUGGAAUGGCUCUUGCAGCUGGUUCCUCGACUUCGAACACGGAUGUUUUCCAUUUCUUCUUCACUCUUAGCUCAUCCUAACCAGGUGCAUAUAACAGUUGCUGUGGUGUCAUGGAUGACUCCUUAUAAAAGAAAACGACAUGGCCUAUGCUCAUCAUGGUUGGCAGGCCUUGAUCCUAGAAAAGAGAAUAUACUUAUUCCAAUGCGGUUCCAUAGAGGUGCAUUAAAGCCUCCUCCCCCCUCUAUUCCUCUGGUCUUGGUUGGACCGGGAACAGGAUGUGCACCAUUCCGGACUUUCAUUGAGCAGAGAGCACUUUUAAGGGCAGUUGAACCUGUUGCUCCUAUUCUCUUUUUCUUUGGCUGUAGAAAUGAAGCCAAAGAUUUUCUUUACAAGGAUUUUUGGCUCUCAAAUAUGGCAAGUGAUGGAGUUCUGUCACAAGAAAGAGGGGGUGGAUUCUUUGUUGCCUUCUCAAGGGAUCAGCCACAGAAGGUUUAUGUACAACAUAAGAUGCAGGAGGAAAGCAGGCUAAUUUGGAACCUUUUAAAAUCAGGUGCUUGGGUGUAUGUUGCUGGUUCAGCAACAAAAAUGCCCACAGAGGUAAUGUCAACCAUAGAGGAAAUCAUAUCCAGGGAAGGAGGCUUUUCAAAGGAAUCAGCGUCCAGGUGGCUUCGACAGUUGGAAAAGGCUGGCAGGUACCAUGUUGAAGCAUGGUCAUAGAGGGAGCCCAUCAUAACUUCCAUUGAAGACGAGAGGAUGAAACGAGUAAUAGGUCGAUUAAAUUUUUGCAUUUCAACAAAAUGUGGUGACAGUUUCCUGAUAUAAAACAGGAAAUUGUGCUUUCGUAUUGAAUAGAUUUGUAUCAUUCCUAGUUACUUCUAUUUACUAUUGACGAACAGUCAUCGAUUCUGAAUUCUGACGUAAAAUUAACAAAAUAAUAGUCAACCACGAACAAUGUAGGAAAUCCUACCAUCUAUAAAAGUACUUGGAUAGUUUGAGACUCUUCA